GUCUUGGUUUUGACGCGGUCGUUGCCAUGUCCAGUCCAAUUAAAUUGAGCAAUUGUUGAAUUGUGACGACACAUACAAAGUAUAUAACCCUUCUUGAACGCUGUGAAAUCUCAAACAUUUUAUAUAAGAUACAUAUCAAUAGCAUACGAUGAACUGGGAUUGAAGACAGGAAACCUCAGAAGGAAUGAGUGGCUCGUGGAACGUGCAGAUCCCUCUUUAUGCCGGAAUCUUUCUGCUGGCAGUGGCUGGCAAUGCUCUUGUUAUUCUGACUCUUGUUCGUAACCAGAGCAUGAGAACGAUAACCAACCUUUUUCUGCUCAAUUUGGCUGUUUCCGAUCUACUUCUGGGGGUUGUUUGUAUGCCAUUCACUCUGGUUGGAAAUAUUCUCAGGGACUUUGUGUUCGGUGACCUGAUGUGUCGCCUCAUCCCAUUCCUACAAGCGACAAGCGUAGCAGUUUCGGCGUGGACUCUAGUGGCGAUUUCGGUAGAGCGCUACUAUGCUAUCUGCCACCCUCUGCGCUCGCGGCGAUGGCAGACUCUGUCGCACGCCUAUCGCCUCAUAGCGGUCAUCUGGCUCGCCAGCUUCGUCACUAUGCUCCCCAUUUCUCUCCUUAGUCGCUUAAUUCCCACCAAUCAAGGUUUGAAGAAAUGUCGAGAAAUCUGGCCAGAUGCUGACUAUGAACGAGGAUACAACUUGAUGCUAGAUGCUGUCCUCCUAGUGCUUCCACUUUUCAUACUCAUAGUGACGUAUUCAUUGAUCACCAUCACUCUGUGGCGAGGAAUUCGGCCGUCAAAUCAAUCAGGUCAAGGCGAGCUUAUGAAUAAUGGUUGCAGUCAUAUUGAGGUGACACGCUCAAGUUCUUCAUUCAAAUUCAACAGCACUGUGGGCACAACUUCGAGCAGUAGUCCUGGCGGUCUAAGACGAACAAACACUGAGAAGGCAUUGCUCAAGAAGAAAAGGGUCAUCAAAAUGCUCUGUGCAGUUGUUCUUGAGUUUUUCAUUUGUUGGACACCAUUAUACGUAAUAAAUACGGUAACGCUGUUUGAUAAAUAUAUUGUGUAUAAUGCCCUGAGCUUCCAAGCAAUAAGCUUCUUCCAGCUGCUGGCUUACUCAUCGAGCUGCUGCAAUCCCAUCACCUACUGCUUCAUGAACUCCAGCUUCCGGAAAGCUUUCCUCAUACUUUUCGGCUGCUUGAGACGAGGACGACCCAAAACGCAUUUCUGACAUCAGCUUCCUUUCCACCAAAUACCGGUGGAAAUGUAUCACUGGAGGCAUCAAAGCACAAUGAAAACAAGUGUACAAAACAGCGAACAAUCUCCUAAAAUUUGAUGAACGUAAAUUAAGUCAUAUCCGAAUAGUAUAUUAUUGGUACCUGCUAGAGAAUAAGUUAAUGUUUUUCGAUUAUUCUGAAUAAACUCGAGUUCAAAUCUUUAUAAUGUGAUGAUAAAUUAUAUUUAAUUUUGAAGCAAUUAUCACUUGUGUAAUGAGAGUGAAUGAAAACUCAUAAAAAUGAUAUAUAUUCCUCAGAACAUAAACUUUUCCUGUAAAUUUAUUAUAGGUGAUAUCAUGAAAUGUAAUGACAAUUGUCCGUCAGUUUUGUAUAGAUGACGUCGAACAUCUAUUUGCAGUUUUGGGCAGCUUAGGUGUGGUAUAAAACCAACAGGAAUAAUUCAUAACAUAGUUUGAAGACACAUGAUUAUUAUUGGUCUUAAAGUUAUUUAUGAGAGACUAAUAUAAUUAUCUCUGAUCUCAAUUACAUUCAAGGUUACAAUUCGUGAUUCAUAAAGACAAUUGUUCAUCAAAACAAUAUUGUUUAACAGAAUAUAAAUUCAAAUACUUUUAUUCAUAAAAAACAUAUUUACAAAUUAAUAGUGUAAUAAUAAUAGGCCUAUAGGUACGGUAAUGAAUAUAAUAUUCUUUGCUGGAUGAAACGAUAUUUUUGUUUAACGUCUAGAAAAUUUCAUUCAACGCUUAUUUUCUAUCAAAACUUUAUAAAUUAUAAUAUAUGGCCUAUCGUAUUAUUCUUGUUUGAAGUAGAAUAUGGUAACUCAUGAAGAAAUAACACGAUUUAAAAAAGACUUGAACGUUCCAAAUUCUCUUAUAUACCGUAUUUUGCAUUUUGUUAUACCGUCAUGCUGAUAAAUCAAUCAUUGCUGAUUCAGAUGGAUUAUUAUCCUUCUACCUCACUGGAUGCACUGACUACUUAGAUUUGAAAUACUAUUUUGCAUGGAGAUAUGGAAUCGAACGGCUCCGAAAUGUAGAGUUCUCGUGGGAGCUAAUUGAACUGUUAUUAUUAUUUAUUCAAUUCUCACGCAAUAACUCUUCGAAGUCCAAUGUCUCCAUGAAUCAUAUUAUUUAUUAUUAUGAUACUGGAUGCACAAAAUUAUUUUUUUUGUGUUUCUCAUGUAAUAUGAAAUAUUGAAUAUAAAAGUGUUGAAUAAUGGACCUUGUUUGAAAUAGGUACUGAAAUAGCUCGCUCAUAUCGUGGUCUAAUGUACUACGGUACAUUAUUCAUAUUUCUGGUGUUUUAUUUUGAUUCCAUGAAUUUUUAUAUUUUGACAAAUAUAUAGGCACUAUGCUGAAAAUUGUUUUAUGUUUAAGUUGUAUCAUGUCUGAAUAUUGGAAUCUGAUAAUUUAUUGAAACAAAUUAUUUGAUUUCAAGAGAUUAAUGAAGAUAUUCUGAUCUUCUUAUACCGUAAUCUAUAUUCUCCUGAAAUAUCAAUUGAACAACUGUUAUAGAGAUGAUAUCUCCCAUGAUGUAAUCUACUGAUACAUUUUGACAGAAACGUAUUCAUGGGAGCCUCGUCAGUUUAUCCUUCAAGUUUUCGUUGAGAAUAAUAAUUUUUCAGGAUCAGGAAAACUAAACUUGGUAUUACACUGAAUAAUAUUAGUACUAUAACAUUACAUUAUCUUAGCCAACUCUAAUAAGAAGUUGCUGUGAUCCUACUUGUGUACAGUACUGUAUAAUAUCAUUCAAUUGAUUAUUUUUCCAAACUGAUGAAGCUUCAAGUUAUAAUUACUGGAAAAGGUUGUAGAAUUGGUUCCAGAUGCCAAAUUUUCUCGAUGGAUGUUUAUUUGCAAAACAUAAAUUCAUUCUUAUAGGUCUACUUCUGAUAUUAACUGCCAACAGUUAUAAAAAAUUAGCCAAACUGCUAUUCACUUUCUGGUUCUUUAUAAUCAUCAUUUUUCUCAUUCCAUUAUCGAGUGUUUCGUCGUCACUAUCAAACAAUAACUUUGGAUAAUGUAAUAUAGUGUUUGAAACUUUUUAAAAUACAGUAGUGUAUAAUAAAAAAAUUAUGAACGUUAUUGAGAGUUUUUCAUUAUUAAUAGGUUAUCGAUGUACUUCAGAAUAUAUGUAGAAGCCUAUUUGUUUCUGCAAAACAAAUGUGCAAUAUGAAGGUGAUGUGCGUAGUGAUGAGAGAUGAGUGAGCAAAUAAUCGAAACUGUGUGAAAUUAAAAAAAAAUUGCGAUUGUAUUCAUGAGAUAUGUUGUGGAUUGGAAAAUUGUAUAAUUAUUACUAAUAAUUAUUUAUCAUUUUUUAUUUUAUGAUUAAACUACACAGACGUAAAA